AUGUCUGCGCAAGGAACGCCUGUUUCCACUACUUUACAGUCUCCUUCUGGAAGAACAAGCAAUCCAAAAGCACCAUCGAAAGCAGCAGGGAAGACGAGGACAGGAGCUGUAAACAAUCGAAUUAUGAAACGAGCAACACGUCGAGAGCUUAAAAAGUUGACGGAGAUUGAUUUAGAAGAGAAGGAUGACGUUUCUUCCAUGGGGCUUAAAGCGGAGAGCAUGCCAUUUGGAGUGGAUACAGGGAUCGCAUCUAUUACACCAACGAGUCUUCACGAUGACUUUGUGAACAUGAUGAAGUCUCAAGGGUUAGAGAAGAUGGCGACGGAGAUUGGGAUUUUGAAGAAUGGUGUUCUUGUUGAUGCACCGCUACCUGCAACCCCGUGUGCUGCAACACGUACACCUGCCAGAUCGGGAAGUGGAAAGAAGCCAAUGUCAGCAUCAUCAACGCUUGCAAACCAGUCGUUUACUAGCCCGUCACCUGGAAAGAAGAGAAAGUAUUUGAAGAUCAACAAGGGGUUACGCCAUUUUAGCAUGAAGGUGUGCCAAAAGGUGGAGGAAAAACACGUGACGUCCUAUAACGAGGUCGCUGACGAGCUUGUGCGCGAGUUUGUCACGAUGCGUCCAAACGAUUCGGUAUACGAUGAAAAAAACAUUCGCCGACGUGUGUACGAUGCAUUGAAUGUGCUAAUGGCCAUGGAUAUCAUAUCGAAGGAACGUAAGGAGAUCCGAUGGAAGGGACUGCCCGCCAAUCUACAACAUGACACGGAAAUGCUUAUGGCUGAGCGAAAUGAACGCAUCAAAAGCGUGGAGCAGAAAAAGCAGCACUUACAAGACCUUUUGGUUCAGCAGGUUGCGAUGAAGAAUCUCCUCAAGCGAAACGCAGAGCGUAAACGAAAAGAGAGUGAGAAUCCCACAUCCGUCAAUAUCAUACGCGAUGAAGGACGAGUAUUUCUCCCAUUCAUCGCCGUGAAUACCAGCAAGGACACUGUGAUCCAAUGUGAAAUGUCGGAAGACCGUCAAGACAUUUUUUUCAAUUUUAGUGCACCAUUUGAAAUCCACGACGACGCAGACAUUUUGCACAAGCUAAAUUUGCACAAGGCUCCUUAUGCCGAGUUGAAGCAAAUGGUGCCCGACAAGUUACUCUCAUACCUUCCAGCCGAGUGUGAAAUGAAAAGUGAAGAGUAG